GCGCCGAAACCGUAGCUAAAGCCCUGAUAUCUGAAUGGAUAGCACGCUUUGGUUGCCCUACCGCCGUUAUCACUGACAGAGGACGGCAAUUCGAAUCGGUCCUAUUUAAGAAUUUGGCUGAAAUGGUCGGGUUCGAGCACAAACGAACGACGGCUUAUCAUCCUGCAUGCAACGGCAUGGUUGAAAGAUUUCACAGACAGUUGAAGGCUGCUAUAGUAUGUCACUCAACAUUAAAUUGGACAGAAUCACUACCACUUGUCUUACUCGGAAUCCGAAACACCUUUAAAGAAGACAUUCAAGCGUGUCCGGCUGAGUUGGUAUACGGAGAAACGCUUCGAUUACCAGGGGAAUUGUUUCAUUCAUCCAAAAACAAAACAGAAGACCUUACCGAUUUUAUGACUAGACUCCGAUCGAUAGUGAAAGAUAUACAACCGCAACCCGCAUCUAGGCACUGCAAGAAAACAACAUUUGUUUUUAAGGAUCUCGCUACAACAACCCAUGUUUAUCUAAGAGAAGACGCCUUGAAGGGGGCCCUCCAACCAGCUUACACCGGACCUCACGAAAUACUGGAAAGGAAUGAUAAGAUAACACAGAUCUUGGAAGAAACACGUCAUUUCCACCUUGUUCACGGAUAAAAAAGAAUCACGACGAAAAGGCUGCUGAAAAGGAGAUACCUGAAAAGAAGACACCAGCCAAUGAAGGACCUGUUAAGAAAACACGUUCCGGAAGAACAGUACGAUUACCCAUGUAUUAUCGCCCGUAGGACGGUCUCUGGAGGGGAGUGGUGUGGCGUCCUCCACACAGUGGCAGACAUGCAAAAAAAUCGUACGGUGUAAUGUGCAUAAACAAAACGUAAAAAGC